AUGAUGGAGGAACCCACGACGCAACAACAACAACAACAACAACAACAACAGCCCGCGGCGGCAUCCCCAUCUUUGCCAAUGCCGACCACUCUUGAACCCGAACCCAUAUCCCGACCGAGCUCGACGUCGACCCAAGGCUCAGCCCCGGGGCCUCAACACAUGUCGCAGAUGUUGCCCGGUAUCGCAUCCAUUGCCACCAGCAACAACAAUACCCCAGCGGCUACAACAUCACCACAGCCCAGACCCGUUACCAUGGCUGCUCCUCCCAUGAUUCCUCCAGGCACCUCUCCAGCUGCUAGCUCGCACCCGGGUCCAGGAGGCAAUCUGCCCACCUGCCAGAACUGUGCGACCUCGACAACGCCAUUAUGGCGCCGCGACGAGAUGGGCCAGGUCCUCUGCAAUGCCUGUGGUCUGUUCCUCAAGCUGCACGGCCGUCCUCGCCCAAUUUCCCUAAAGACCGAUGUUAUCAAGAGCCGUAACCGUGUCAAGACCAUGCGUCCCGAUUUGGCCAAGCAGAAGAAGCAACAGCAACAGCAGCAGCAGAACCUCGCUGCCACCGCCGACAUGAACGGAGGAGUGGGCAUGAUGGAUCCCAACAACCCUGCCGCCCAAGCUGCCCGGAGAGCAUCCCAGAAGUCCAUCAAUGGCCAUCCCGUCGACGAUAACUCGCCCGUUUCCCGCACCGGCACCCCCAACGUAUACAACCCGCACAUUCCCAUUGAUCACAACCUCGAGUACCAAUUCCAAGCCCAACAGAUUUCCGGAUUUGGCGUCCCGACUGCAUCCCCCGGCCGAGCCCCGUCACCCAUGAACGGCGAGCAUAUGCCACAAACCCACGAGCAGCUCCUUGCUGCCAAUGCCAGCCUGAAGACCCGAGUCAGCGAAUUGGAGGUCAUCCAAGAACUCUACCGCGGUCGUCUUCACCAACUCGAGACGGAGGAAAACAUUCGACAAGCUUCAGAGCCCGGCAAGCUUGAAGCUCAACUUCGCGCCCAGAUUGAUGCUAUGGGUGAAGCCCACCAGCAAUUGCAGAAGGAACUGGAGGAAAGCCACAGGAGGGAGAACAUGCUCAAAAGACGCCUCGAUGAGCUCGAGGUUGAGCUCAAGGACGUCAAGGAAGCUCUCGAAUCUCACGACAAUGGACGCCACAAGAAGAUUCGUCUGGACGAAAACGUUAAGAGCGAGCCCCAUGCCGAAGUUGUUGAUCAGCACCAACAGCAGCAGCAACAGCAGCCAGCACCUGUAGAGCAGCCGGCCCCUACUCCUAUGGUCAUCGACGAACCUGUGUCUGUCCCUGCGCCAGAACCCGAGACAGUACCUGAACAGGUUCCAGCUCCCGCGCCUGAACCUGUCCAAGAACAAGUCCAAGAACAAGCCCAAGAGCCCGAGGCUGGACCCGUUAGCGAACCGACUGAAGCUCCAGCCCCUGUGCCAGAAACCGAAUCUGUUCCCGAGCCGACCCCGCCGCCCCAGAGUCUGCUCCCGCCGAGGAGCCUGCCGCGCCAGAGGUUGUGCCCACAGAGGUGCCCACCGCUCCUGCCGCCACGGAAGAAGCACCCAAAGCGGAGGCAUAGCGCUGUCACUGCCGCCAGUGCUUUGGCUCUUUUCCGGUGGACUGAUGGACACUAUUGCCCGAGAUUUCCCUGUAACAUAUUUGGCUUGGAUGGAUGGGUGGGAAGCGUGUUGUGUUAA